AUGCGGAAUGCUCUUUGGGAGUUCAAGAGCGAAUUCUAUGUCCAAAGGCCAGAUUGGAUGGAUUCUGAUACGCAGACAGAGAAGUGGAGGAACAACGCUGAUUGCUGUUCUUGGGAUGGUGUCUCUUGUGAUCCUAAGACGGGCCAUGUCGUGGCGUUAGACCUCUGGAACAAUUAUUUCAGUUAUCCCAAUUCUCUCAAUGGCCCUUUGAGAUCUAAUAGUAGUCUGUUCAAGCUACAACAUCUUCAGAACUUGGAUCUUACUAGGAAUAAUCUUUCGGGUAUUUUGCCAGAUUCAAUCGGCGACCUCAAAUAUUUGAAGAAUUUAAGUCUUAGUGAUUGCAACCUCUUUGGAAAGAUUCCUUAUUCACAUGGAAAUCUUUCUUCUCUCACGCAUCUUGAUCUUUCUUUUAAUGAUUUAACCGGUGAGAUACCAGCUUCGAUGGGCAAUCUAAACUAUCUAGCCUCUUUGCAACUCGACUUUAACAAGCUCAGUGGGAACUUUCCUCAUGUGAUACUCAACUUAAGCGAGCUCACCAAUAUUCGCCUUGGAAGAAGCCGAUCGCGGAACAAGAAGAAGAUGAUGACGAGUCAGCUGAGCUGGCAGAAUGAUUGGCUCAAGAAAAGACAGGGAGAUUUUACAACUAAGCGAGAUGAGAUCGUCGUGAGAUCUGAGAUUCAAUCGUGA